AUGAGUAGAGAUAAAAGGGAUGUGGAAUAUCCAGCGGAACUUGAAUCACAAAUUGUGCUUCGGCUUCCUGAGGAACCAGCUAAACUCUUAAGAGAAUUGCUGAAAUCAGGAGACAAUCUCAAAAAUCGACUGACUAUUCAAAUCGACAACGACAUGCGCCACGGCGAAGUGCGAUUUGACCACUGGCUUAUGCAUGCUAAGAUUGUAGACUUACCUACUAUCAUAGAAUCCUUAAAAACUAUCGAUAAUAAAAGUUUCUACAAGACUGCUGAUAUUUGUCAAAUGAUGAUUUGUAAAAGUGAACCUGAUACACCUGCACUUGAGGAGGAAUCGCCAGCAAAAAAUAAGAAAAAAGACCCAUAUAAAGUGGAGAAAAAAUUUUUAUGGCCCCAUGGAAUUACCCCUCCCACGAAGAAUGUUCGAAAAAGGCGCUUUAGAAAAACUUUGAAAAAAAAAUAUGUAGAAGCACCAGAGAUUGAAAAAGAAGUAAAAAGACUUCUCCGAGCUGAUAAUGAAGCUGUCAGUGUUACAUGGGAGGUUGUAAAAGAAGAAGAUGAAUUUCCUAAACCAGAACCAAGUACUUCUUCGCAACCAAAACCUGAUCGCAAGUCGAAGGCUGACCGAAAUUCAAAAAAAGAAACUGUAACAUCGGAUACAACUAACACGGAAUCUUCUAAUGUUGUUGAUAUCUUUGGUGGGGCUGUAAGUGAUAGUGAAGAUGACAAUAUUAAUGUUGAGAUGGAAGACAGCCAUUUGUCACCAUAUGAUAGCCGAUUGUCUGACACAAAUUCUAUGCAUGCCACAGGUGAAACCAGUUCAAAAAAGGAAUACCCAACAGAAUUUGAGUCACAAAUGUUCCAGGGCAGGAACAGAUCAAAGAGAUCUGAAAGUCACAGUCGUGCCGCAACACCUGCAGCUUCUGUUGUAUCAAAGAGUGGUGGUAUAUCUUCAGAGGAGGAUGGAGAAUAUCAGUCCUCUCGUGACAUGUCAAAGGAUAAUAUGCAAUUUAGAAUUGAUCAAUUGCGAGCUGAAUUGGAAGAAUUGAAACAGCGUAGGCAACGGACCCAACAUGAAAUUGCUGGUAUGGAGAACUUGGCUUUGCGACAGAGGUUCCAAGAUAUUCUACAUACAUUAAAUCAGGAUAUCAUGUAUAAAGAUAUGGAAUAUCAAGGUUUAAUCACACUUCAAAACUCCGAUGAAAUU